AUGUCGCACGAAUCAGUCUGGUACUCGCGCCCGCGCAAAUAUGGCAAGGCCUCUAUCGGCUGUGUCGUUACCGGUGACAAGAAGAAGGCCGGUAUCAUUCGCAAGUACGGAAUCAACAUGAGCCGUCAGGCUUUCCGUGAGAAGGCGCAGGACAUUGGGUUCGUCAAGGUAUGUGAUUAG